AUGCCUGGCGCAAGUGUGGCAGUCAUGCCAACCUCGGCCGCGUCCACACCGGCUACCCGGAAAACCUCACUCGCCCCGGAAAGAAAGUACAAGUGCCAGUUUUGCAACAGGGCCUUCAGCAGGAGCGAACACAGGAGCAGACAUGAGCGAUCCCAUACCAAAGAGCGGCCGUUCAAAUGCAUGAAGUGUCGCAGCACCUUCGUGCGCCGCGACCUUCUCCUCCGCCACGACCGUACCGUCCAUGCCAAAGAUGGGGGUGUCCCCCUUCACAGCGACGGCAAGCGUCGCGGUGGCCCCAAGACUACCCGCCCGGCCAGUGGCCCUUCCAAGUCGGCGAUCGCCAUCGAUGCAUCAGCUCUCGAGCAGAUCGAAGCCAGCAGCGACGGUGUUUUCGAUGUCGAAACCGCAGCCAUGCUUGUUGCUGACCUGCAUCAGAAAGCGACGGCGGCGGCCAGGGCGAAUAGCCACUACGACGGCAGCUCGAACAUGUCCUUUUCACAAGAGCCUUCAGUCACAUACCCUAACGGUGCGAUCGGCCUGUCGCAGUGGGAUGGCUUCAUGUCCCAGGAACCCAAGGCACACUCAAUCAGCUCAGCCGCUUCGACGUCGUUCGAUGCGCAGAACUCCAGUCAGCCGCAUCCUCUUGCCGCGCAACAUCCCAACAACAUGGCCCCGGGCCUCCAGGCGCUCGUCAACUCGCUCCCCCCUUCGGCCACCGGCACGCCGACUCCCCAGUCUCCCUUUUUGAUGCAACGCACCCACACCCCGGUCGACACUGCCCAGCCCGCUGCAGGGUUCCGAGCCCCUCAGGUUCACAGCGAUGAGGAACGGAACAUGAUCUUGGACAACAUCCGGAACAGCGAUAGCGAGCACGCCAUUCCAGAGGGCUUCCGCGUACCAAACCUGUCCUCGUUGAACCGCUACUUGGCUACCUACUUUGGCCUGUUCCACCAUCACCUCCCGUUCCUGCACCCUGCCUCGUUUGACCCGACCCGAGUGUCCCCCCCCUUGCUUCUGGCUGUCUUGUCCAUCGGCGCCUUGUACGCGUUCGACCAGGAACAAGCCUACAUGCUCCAUAUCGGGUCCAAGGUGCUCGUCAACCAGUUCUUGCAGAACAAGGAAAACUUCAGCUCUCGGAAACUGGAAGCGGUAGAUGCCAAGGGUCUCGAAUGGGGCGUGCUCAAUCAAGAGCUUGCUUGCCAACAUGGGUCGCCCGCCAACCCCGCGCCGAGUGGGUCGAGGACGAAAGGUUGUCGCCGUACAUACUACGCCGUCUACAUCUUCUUUGGUUUGUUGACGCUGACAUACAACCACACGCCGGCCAUGAGCUUCAACGAGUUUGAGGAUCUCCAGCUGCCGUCCACCGAGGCUCUGUGGAACAUCAAGGUCGCCGAGGAUGCCUGGCAAGAACACCUCAAGGCGUCUCCCAGCGUCACCUUCAUGAUGGCCCACGACAACCUUUUCCAGGGCGAGACGCUGAAGUACAGUGCAUUUGCGACUCGUGUUAUGAUCAACGCCCUCUUCCUCGAGGUCUGGUAUCACAAGCGCAGCCCCGAGGCGCUGCAAGACGUGGUCACCGAGUACAAGCUGCGACUUGCUCUGGAGACGUGGGAGAAGUCCCUGGAUCUCUGCGAGCCUGAGGCCUUCUCGGUGCCACUGAGCGCGCCUCACAAGGGGCAUCCCCUGAUCUUCAACGCUAAGGCCAUGUUCCGCAACGCGCGUGCGCGGCUAGAGGUGGACUUGAAGACGGUUCAGGAGGCGCUGCGGUAUCACGACUCGUACGAGGUAGCGGCGGCCAUGUCGAACGCGAGAGACCGUGUCAAGCGCUCAAGCGAGAUGCUCAAGGUCAUCCAAGAAUGCUACGACUGUAUUGAGACCGCCGUUCUCCAGGGCGUCCGCUGGGUGGCCCGCACAUCGCCGACCAACUGGAGUAUCGAACACCCGCUGUGCGGUCUGGAUCUCAUGAUUAUCCUCAGCCUGUGGCUCUACCGUCUGGAACAUGACGAAGAGCCGGCGACGGAGGAGGAACUGGUCAUGUACAACCGCAUCCGCCAGCUGUUCGACAAGGACCUCGACGAGUCCUAUGUUACGCAUCUGAGCACUGUGGUGGCUCGGCUCUGGGGCUCCAUGUUGGACGAGGUGGUUGUCUGGGGAAUCACUCGGCUGAUGGGUGAAUCCUUCCGCCUCCACUCACAAGCCUUGAUCGGCUAUGUGGACGAUGUUGCUGCAUCCUCUAGCGUCUCGACGCCAUCCAUGACCUCGCAGGGCGCGGAUGAGGACAGCGUGUACUAA